GCCAGCGCCCGGGUUAAUCUAGUCCCUCGCUCGCUCCUUUUUUCCUUCUCUCCCUCCUCCUUUGCCUCCUGUCGGUGCUGCCUCUGGGUUCCCUGCGUGUGGGAGUACAACUCUGCCUCUCCAAGGAGACUGGUUUGUGACCACCUAACCUAACUUGCCCAUUGAUAGCAAACCCAGAACAGCUGGAUAAUGUCCACUCCGAGCAGAUUCAAAAAGGACAAAGAGAUCAUAGCCGAGUAUGAAAGUCAAGUCAAAGAAAUUCGAGCUCAACUGGUAGAACAACAAAAAUGCCUGGAGCAGCAAACCGAGAUGCGAGUUCAGCUUCUCCAGGACCUGCAAGAUUUCUUUCGGAAAAAAGCAGAAAUUGAGACGGAAUAUUCUCGGAACCUAGAGAAGUUAGCGGAAAGGUUCAUGGCAAAAACCAGAAGCACUAAGGAUCAUCAGCAGUACAAGAAAGACCAGAACUUGUUGUCUCCAGUGAACUGCUGGUAUUUGCUCCUGAACCAAGUGAGGAGAGAAAGCAAAGACCAUGCAACCUUGAGUGACAUCUAUCUGAACAACGUGAUUAUGCGCUUUAUGCAGAUAAGUGAGGAUUCCACCAGGAUGUUUAAAAAGAGCAAAGAGAUUGCAUUCCAACUUCAUGAGGAUUUAAUGAAGGUUCUUAAUGAGCUAUACACGGUGAUGAAAACAUACCAUAUGUAUCAUGCAGAGAGCAUCAGUGCAGAGAGCAAACUGAAAGAGGCCGAGAAACAAGAAGAAAAGCAAAUUGGGCGAUCUGGUGAUCCAGUCUUUCAUAUUAGACUCGAAGAGAGACAUCAGCGGCGAAGCUCUGUAAAGAAAAUUGAAAAAAUGAAAGAAAAGAGACAAGCAAAAUAUUCGGAAAAUAAGCUAAAAUCGAUUAAGGCACGGAAUGAAUAUCUCCUAACACUUGAAGCAACCAAUGCCUCAGUUUUCAAGUAUUAUAUUCAUGAUCUUUCAGAUUUAAUUGACUGCUGUGAUCUUGGCUACCAUGCAAGUCUUAACAGAGCCCUAAGAACAUACCUGUCUGCGGAGUAUAACCUUGAAACCUCCAGACAUGAAGGCUUAGACAUCAUUGAGAAUGCAGUUGACAGUUUGGAGCCCAGGAGUGAUAAGCAGAGAUUCAUGGAGAUGUACCCCGUUGCCUUCUGUCCACCAAUGAAGUUUGAAUUUCAGUCUCACAUGGGUGAUGAGGUGUGUCAGGUCAGCGCUCAGCAGCCGGUCCAGGCGGAGCUCAUGCUCAGGUACCAGCAGCUACAGUCCCGACUGGCCACGCUCAAAAUCGAGAACGAGGAGGUUAAGAAAACGACUGAAGCCACCUUGCAGACAAUACAAGAUAUGGUCACAAUCGAGGACUAUGAUGUUUCUGAAUGCUUUCAGCACAGUCGCUCCACAGAGUCUGUGAAAUCUACUGUCUCUGAAACCUACCUGAGCAAGCCCAGCAUCGCUAAGAGAAGAGCCAACCAGCAGGAGACUGAGCAGUUCUACUUCAUGAAACUCAGAGAAUACUUGGAAGGUAGCAAUCUCAUCACAAAACUUCAAGCCAAACAUGACUUGUUGCAGAGGACCCUUGGAGAAGGUCACAGAGCUGAGUAUAUGACUACAAGGCCUCCAAAUGUUCCCCCUAAGCCCCAGAAACACAGGAAGUCCAGACCCCGCUCACAGUAUAAUGCUAAGUUGUUUAAUGGGGAUUUGGAAACGUUCGUCAAGGACUCAGGACAGAUCAUCCCCCUCAUUGUGGAAAGUUGUAUUCGGUUCAUCAAUCUCUAUGGUCUUCAGCAUCAGGGGAUUUUCAGAGUGUCUGGUUCCCAGGUGGAGGUCAAUGACAUUAAAAAUUCAUUCGAGAGAGGUGAAAACCCUUUGGCUGAUGAGCAGAGUAACCACGAUAUUAACUCAGUUGCUGGCGUUCUGAAGCUCUACUUCCGUGGGCUGGAAAACCCCCUCUUUCCUAAGGAAAGAUUUAAUGAUCUGAUUUCUUGUAUCAGAAUAGAUAAUCUCUAUGAGAGGGCGCUUCACCUCCGCAAAGUCCUCCUGACCUUGCCCAGGUCGGUCCUUAUAGUGAUGAGGUACCUCUUUGCCUUCCUCAACCAUCUUUCACAAUACAGUGAUGAGAACAUGAUGGACCCUUAUAACCUGGCCAUUUGCUUUGGCCCAACAUUGAUGCCCGUCCCAGAAAUACAGGAUCAAGUGUCUUGCCAGGCUCAUGUGAAUGAAAUUGUCAAAACCAUCAUCAUCCACCACGAGACUAUUUUCCCAGAUGCUAAAGAGCUGGAUGGCCCUGUUUAUGAGAAAUGUAUGGCUGGAGACGACUACUGUGACAGCCCCUACAGUGAGCACGGUACGCUGGAGGAAGUGGAUCAGGACGCUGGCACAGAGACCCACACCAGUGAAGACGAGUGUGAGCCAAUAGAAGCCAUAGCCAAGUUUGACUAUGCUGGGCGAUCCGCCAGAGAGCUGUCCUUCAGGAAGGGAGCCUCCCUGCUGCUGUACCACCGAGCAUCCGAGGACUGGUGGGAAGGAAGGCACAACGGGAUUGAUGGGCUGGUGCCUCACCAGUACAUCGUGGUGCAAGAUAUGGAUGACACAUUUUCCGACACUCUGAGCCAGAAAGCCGACAGCGAGGCCAGCAGUGGACCAGUCACUGAAGACAAGUCUUCAUCCAAGGACAUGAACUCCCCAACAGACCGUCACCCGGAUGGGUAUUCAUCCAGACAAAGAAAAAGAGGAGAGCCACCCCCUCCAGCAAGGCGUCCUGGCAGGACCAGUGAUGGUCAUUGUCCCCUCCACCCCCCUCAUGCUCUUUCCAACUCCUCAAUUGACCUGGGGUCCCCAAACCUGGCCAGUCACCCCCGAGGUCUGCUGCAGAACCGUGGCCUCCACAAUGACAGUCCUGAGAGGAGACGCCGGCCAGGCCAUGGCAGCCUCUCCAACAUCAGCCGGCACGACUCCCUCAAGAAGAUCGACAGCCCUCCUAUUAGAAGGUCCACGUCAUCAGGGCAAUACACAGGCUUCAAUGACCACAAGCCACUGGACCCAGAGACAAUCGCUCAGGAUAUUGAAGAGACGAUGAACACUGCUUUGAAUGAACUCCGAGAACUGGAGAGACAGAGUACAGCAAAGCACGCCCCUGACGUGGUUCUGGAUACCUUAGAACAAGUGAAAAACUCUCCCACGCCAGCCACUUCCACGGAAUCUCUCAGCCCUUUGCACAACGUUGCCCUCAGGAGCUCAGAGCCUCAGAUCCGACGAAGCACUAGCUCCUCCAGUGACACAAUGAGUACUUUCAAGCCCAUGGUGGCACCCAGGAUGGGUGUGCAGCUGAAGCCUCCAGCCCUCCGGCCGAAACCUGCUGUUCUUCCAAAAACAAACCCUACCAUAGGACCUGCACCUCCCUCCCAGGGUCCGACAGACAAGUCUUGCACAAUGUGAAAAACAACUGAGCAAGGUUAUACGGGGAGGUG